GUCUGUGCCUCGAAAAAUGUCGUGCAGUGUUAUGAGUUGUUUGAUCCGUUUGUAUUUAUUGGAAUUUUGGGAGCUAAGCAUAAUAAAUUCGAUCAAUUCUGUUGAACAUUAAUACGUUUAUAUAAUUUGGACUAUCAGAAGUGAAUAUAAUUGUACAUUUCAGUGUGAGUUUGAUAUUGGUAACCUUUCAAUAUUUGUCCGGAACAUACAAGAUCGGACUGAUGUUGUCAAGAGCCGAAGGUCCAAACUCCUUCCAUAGGCAGAUGUCGUGAGCUCUGGCCCCGGGAGCACACGACGUCGGCGUGAUGAGCACAACCCGCCAUAAUGCGUCGGCGGCCAUUUUAAACCGUGAACGGCGCUGGUCGGCUCAAGAUGGCCGUCACCCGCGGCGCCAAAACUCUUACACAUCCCGCGCAGUGGCGCGUUCCCACACAGUACUAUGAAAUGUGGAAACACGGGAAGUGGCGACAGAAAACGUCACGACCAAGGACAAACGCAGCUGUUAGAGUGCCCAGAUAGAGACAUUGUACAGUGAUAUCCGUAGAGGCCUAAGUGUUACUUUUGUGUAAAUAUAGUGGUGAUUAGAUGUUAAGUAUGGCUGGCGAAGGGCGAGGAAGUCGCACGCCGCUGCUGGAGUGCGGUGGCGAGUAUGCGCACGCACACAAGACGACGGCCCCGCGUUGCUGCUACUGGCUGGCCAGUCACGUCAAUGUGAGGAAGUGUGUCGCUGGCAUCAUGUUACUAUCCGUCCUCACGAUAUUCUUCUAUACGUAUUACGUCACCGUGCCGUUUACAAGUUUGGUAUGGCGCGACCGAGUACCUCGCCCGCUGUCGCAGUGCUCGCUGCUUGCCUCCCAGCAGCAAACGGCGAGAGACCACCGUUCGGACGCGCGCCUCCGAAUCGACGCGAAGGUCCUCGUUAUCGUCGAAUCUGCGUACUCGCGUCUGGGGCGCGACAUAGCCGAAUUACUUGUUGCCAACCGAAUCAGGUACAAAGUGGAGGUCGCCGGAAAGAGUUUACCCGUACUGACAACACUGGACAAAGGCCGCUACGGCGUGAUCGUGUUUGAGUCUCUGUCCAAGUACGCCAACAUGGACAAGUGGAACAGAGAGCUGCUGGACAAGUACUGCCGCGAGUACUCCGUGGGUGUGGUAGCGUUUGCAACGCCUGGGGAGGAAACCUUGGUGGGUGCGCAGCUGAAAGGGUUCCCACUCUUCAUGCACACAAAUCUCCGACUGAAGGACGCAACACUGAAUCCUGCAUCCCCUGUGCUGCGCUUAGCGCGUGCGGGGGAGACCGCAUGGGGUGGGUUGCCUGGCGACCACUGGACAGUGUUUCGGGCCAACAGUUCCACUUACGAACCAGUUGCGUGGGCCCUCAAACAAAAUGAAUAUGGUUCCACCGAAGAACGUGCGCCGUCAGCUACUGUGAUCCAAGACCACGGGCGCUGGGACGGUGUGCAGCGCAUUCUGUUUGGUUCCGGAUUACAGUUCUGGUUGCAUCGCUUGCUGUUCCUUGACGCACUUAGCUACCUGAGCCACGGGCAGCUGAGCCUAAGUCUCGACAGAUGGAUCUUGGUCGAUAUAGACGAUAUCUUCGUAGGCGAAAGAGGGACUCGACUACACGAAGAAGAUGUGGCUGCGUUACUAGCUUCACAGUCUGCGCUGCAACGACUUGUGCCAGGCUUCAGAUUCAAUCUGGGCUUCAGCGCGAAGUACUUUCAUCAUGGAACAACCUUGGAGAAUAGAGGCGACGAUGCACUCCUUAAAAAUAGGGAGCACUUCAACUGGUUUUGUCACAUGUGGAACCAUCAACAGCCGCACUUGUACAACAACGUGUCCCAACUGAUAGCGGAGAUGAUGUUAAACAAACAGUUCGCCGUAGAGCAUGGCAUUCCCACCAACUCGUGCUACUCCGUAUCGCCACACCACUCUGGGGUGUACCCUGUGCAUGAGCCGUUAUACGAAGCUUGGAGGAAAGUUUGGGACGUUAAAGUCACCAGCACUGAGGAGUAUCCACAUUUGAGACCUGCAAGGUUACGUCGUGGCUUCCGUCACAGAGGUGUGAUGGUACUACCGCGUCAGACGUGCGGCCUUUUCACACACACGCUGCUACUAGAGAGAUACCCAGGGGGCAGGCAGCGACUCGACAGGUCUAUACAAGGCGGGGAGCUCUUCCAGACCGUCAUCAACAAUCCGAUCAACGUAUUCAUGACGCACAUGUCUAACUACGGCAACGAUCGUCUGGCCCUAUACACCUUCGAGUCGGUGGUGAAGUUCCUUCGUUGCUGGACCAACGUUCGCCUUGCGUCUGCGCCGCCGCUAGCGCUCGCCGAGAAAUACUUUCAGCUGCGACCCGACGAGCUCAACCCUCUGUGGGGGAAUCCAUGCGAUGACAUCCGACAUCGACGCAUUUGGUCAAAGAGCAAAUGGUGUGGAACUUUGCCCCGAGUGUUGGUGGUUGGGCCUCAGAAGACAGGUAGCACGGCGCUGUACACUUUCCUCGGAAUGCACCCAGCACUGGCGGCCAAUUUACCCAGCCCUAGUACUUACGAAGAAUUGCAGUUCUUCAACAAUAACAACUAUCUUAAAGGCCUAGAUUGGUACCUAAACUUCUUCCCACCCAGUCUGGCGAAUUCCUCCCAAAUCACAUUCGAGAAGUCAGCGACGUACUUCGACGGCGAUCUCGUCCCGCGGCGUGCGCACGCGCUUCUGCCCAACGCGAAAAUUAUCAUCAUUCUCAUAUCACCUUCCAAGAGGGCGUACUCUUGGUACCAACAUAUCAGGUCGCACGGAGACCUAGUAGCCAACAAUCACUCGUUUCACGCCGUCAUCACUGCCAACGAUUCCGCACCGAAACCACUACGGGACCUACGGAAUCGUUGCCUGAACCCGGGCAAGUACAGCCACUACCUGGAGCGUUGGCUGGCGGAGUUCGGCGGCCAUCAGCUGCACAUCAUCGACGGCUCGCUACUGCGCACGGAUCCCGCCAGCGUCAUGAACACGCUGCAGAAGUUCCUCAAGCUGUCGCCGCAUGUCGACUACAAUAAAAUGCUCAAGUACGAUGCAAAGAAAGGUUUCUACUGCCAAGCGGUAAGUAACGAGAGGACAAAGUGUUUGGGUAAGUCCAAGGGGCGGGUGUACCCCCAGAUGGACGAGCAGUCGGCCAAGUUCCUGCGCCGCUACUACACGCCUCAUAAUACCGCUCUCUCAAAACUGCUAGUGCGCUUAGGAAGGCCGGUGCCACAGUGGCUGAAGGACGAAUUGUCCGCGAACGGAUAGCAUACGCCCCGCUCGCACCACGCGAAACUCACGCACACACUCGUCAAGGUCUGCGUACUGGACAUACCUUGACCGAGUCCAUUUGUUGAAUGAAGAAAAAACAAAAGAGUAACUGUACGCGCAUGCGCUGCGCACGCAUUGUUUUUCCUCGAAGUUUAUCAAUGUGAAAGUUAUCUUUGUUGGAAUUUAAAUAUUAUUGAUUGGCUCUGUCUAUCGAAUUCGUGUAAUAUAAUGAAAAUGUUUUUGAAAGUGAUAUUUGUGUAUUGACAUGGAAAUUUUUCUCUCGAUCUGUUUGUUCGAAAUAGUGGAAUAUUUUGUUUAUUAAUAUUAGGUACAUAAUUUUAGUUUGUCUGCCGUUUUAGUAUUAGUGACUUACGUGUGUCGGAGCUCGGAAGCGACGAUUCUUUUGCUUGCCGUUUUAUUGGAUUUAGGUAAUAUAAUUUUUGGAUGAUGUGGUAAUCCGACAAUUUAUUUAUUUUUCACUGUCGGCUUAGGUGCUAUCUGUUAAUAAUAGAAAUGCUAUGUGAAUAUUCUCAUUAUAACUAAUUAUUUUCGUAGUAAUGUAUUUUUAAUUGUUUCGUGUAACUAACGAAGGAGCUUUAUGUCAAUGCCAUACUUGCAUUUUUCUUGUAAUAUAUAAGUUACGAAAUGUAUAUAUUAUAUUUUAUUCUCAUUCCACGCUUAAUUAAAGGAACAAACUAAUUUUAGUUUCAAUUUUAGAACGAGUACGUACCUGAUGCGAUUUGUAGUUAUUUUUGUUUCAAAUUAAUAAAUGUGCUAAUAUUGUUUUAAAAAUUUCUACGUCUGUCUGUGCCAUAGUGAAAUGUGUUUAUUAACGGCACUAACUUUAUCAUUUUCAGUGUAAUUGACAGAAAGCUAGUCUUAUAUGUAUUUAUUAGGGACAAGAGAGUUUAUUUCAUCCAUGCUUUAAUAAAACGAUACAUUAUUUUAGUUCAGUUACCGUUUAGCCGUAAGAAUUUUAAAUAUACAUAUUGAAUAUAUGGCGUUAUAUAUUUUAAAUAAAUAAUAUCAAUGACACAAUGAAUCAAACAUAAAUGUAUUGGGUAUAUAUUUUGAUAUGGACGAAUUUAUCGGCGAGGUAACUUGGUAAGAGGAAAGAUGUGUAAAUGAGAUACUAAUAUUAAGACAUUUUCUUAUCCUUCUAUAAAUAAUUAUAACAAUAACUUUGAUUAAUGAGAAUAAAACUUAUCUUAUAUAUUUUCGUAUGUUAUCAGAAAAGUUGAUACGUCGUUAAAUAAAAUGAAAUUUAUCAGUUUUCUAUCACAAUAUAUAUAUUAGGAUAAGGAAAUGUAGAAUGUCGGUACUUAACAUUUAAAUCGGUUUUAAUCUUGAAAUAGAGAAGUACAUUUUAUGUAAUACGAUGGAUGAAGUUUAUAUUUAUAAUGUUAACAUCUUGUAGUGAACAAGUCUCUGUUACAUUAUUUUAAAUGAAAAAAAUUGGUUAAUGCUUUAUUAACUUUCAAUCUAAAAUGUUUCCAAACAUAUUAAUACGAUGUGUUUACGUAGAGAGAAGCCUUAUUUAUAAAGACGACAAAAUGUGUUACAGUAUGUUUGUUGAGAUUGCGUGUACGUAACGUUGCAUCCGAUGAUCUGUUGAGCAUCAAUUAGAUAUUAUGUUCCUGAGGAACGGUUGUGUUUUACUUCGGCAAUAAACUAUUAGUUUCAAAUGGACCCGUUGCAUGUCCAAGUUGAUUUCUAUAAGAAAUGUAAUUUAUUAUAUUGUGUUUUAAUGAUGCACACGUGAAAAUCAUUUUUACGAUACAGCCAAUGACUGCUCUUAAAAUGUGUU